GUGAGAACCAGCUGUGUGUGGCGUAUCGUAUCUAAUCCAUGGCUCCAUGCAUGUAUAAGAAUAUGAUAUACUACUAGAGAAAAGCGAGAGACAUGCUGAUAUUUUUCUCCAUGCGGUAGCCAACGGUGUGGAGCCGAGCAUGGACAUGGUGGUGGUGGUGGUCAUUUUUACGACUACAGUUGUGCGCAAGUGGGGGCAGCCUCUCGCAACUGGACUAUUCGGAUUCCAUUUGCCUGCCUAUAAAUUCUCCGAGCCGCGAGCACUGCAGAUGCCAAACCACCCAACCUGCUAACCAAGCAAGGCAAAGUGAAGCAAAGCAGCUUGGAGAGGAGACCAGCGGAUACUGCCUGAAAUCCAAAGGAAGAAGGCCAAUCAACUCCCGAGACUUGAGAUCGAGCUAGUCCACUACCACACAGUAGCCGGCAAUGGCUUCCUCUUUGCUCCACUGCUCCGACAAGCUCCCGUUCAUGGACGUGGAGACCAUCCUCCACAUGAAAGAAGGCCUCGACGAGAGCAGCUACGCGCAGAACUCCUCGCUCCAGAAAAGGGGCAUGGACACCCUCAAGAGCCUCAUCAUCAACUCGGCGACGGACGUGUACAUCUCCCAGAUGCCGGAGAGGUUCACGGUGGCCGACCUCGGCUGCUCCUCGGGCCCCAACGCGCUCUGCCUGGUGGAGGACAUCAUCGGGGGCAUCGGCAAGGUCUGCUGCCGGUCGUCGCAGCCGCCGCCCGAGUUCUCGGUGCUCCUCAACGACCUCCCCACCAACGACUUCAACACCAUCUUCUUCAGCCUGCCGGAGUUCACCCACAGGCUCAAGUCCGCCGCCAAGUCCGACGAGUGGGGCCGGCCGAUGGUGUUCCUGUCCGGCGUGCCCGGGUCCUUCUACGGGAGGCUGUUCCCGAGGACCAGCGUGCACUUCAUCUGCUCCUGCUCCAGCCUGCACUGGCUCUCCCAGGUCCCGCCGGGCCUCUUCGACGAGGCCAAGGCGCCGAUCAACAAGGGGAAGAUGUACAUAUCGAGCACGAGCCCGCCCGCCGUGUCAGUGGCCUACCGGAGGCAGUUCCAGAGGGACUUCAGCCUGUUCCUCAAGUCGCGCGCCGCCGAGGUCUUCCCCGGCGGGCGGAUGGUUCUGGCCAUGCUCGGCCGGCAGACCGACGAGUGCGUCGACAGGAGGACGACCUUCCUGUGGGAGCUCCUCUCCGAGUCCUUCGCCGCGCUCGUGUCACAGGGGCUCGUGGAGCAGGACAAGGUGGACGCCUACAACGUGCCCUUCUACGCGCCGUCGCUGCAGGAGAUCGAGGUGGAGGUGCGGCUGGAGGGGUCCUUCAGCCUCGACUACGUGCAGACGUACGAGAUCAACCUCAGCAGCAGCGGCGACGCCAAGGAGGACGGCAGGACGGUGUCCAUGGCGAUCAGGGCCAUCCAGGAGUCCAUGCUCAGCCACCACUUCGGCCCGGACAUCGUCGACGCGCUGUUCCACGAGUACACGCAGCUCGUCACCGAGUCCAUGGAGAGGGAAGAGGUCAAGAGCGUCCAGAUAGGGGUAGUCCUCACCAGGUUGUGACUCGAGUCUGUCUACUGACUCUAUUUUUCUUUAGCAAGUUUAGGUUUGACUCUGUUCUAUUGUCAUAUUCAAGGCCUGUUUGGUUGGA